CGGACAUGACGAUCAACACCUCAUGUUCUUCAAAACCUGCAGCAGAGGUAAUGAUUUGUAGAUCAGACUCAUACUCUUCCGCGUUGUGCUCCGCCUCUUCACGCUGCUCUGAGCCAAUCCGAUCGCUCCUUCUUACAACUCUACAGGUUCAUGAGAAAGGGCUCGGUUUACGCAACUCCAUUCACCAGUGUGGAAUAAUGGAGGUCUCUGUGAAGAUGAAGGUGCUGUUCUUCCUGUUUGCUGUGUGUAUGAAGUCUGUCUCUAGCUACAGCAAUGGAAAAGUCAAAGAAGCUUGUCAGGACAUGAUGCCUGGCCAUCAUCAUCAUCGCCCCAGCCCUACAUCUUCACCAUACACCAUCACUGUGGAUAAGUCUAUAUUCAGUCCUGGAGAUCAAAUUAAAGUGACUUUAUCAUCUCCAGAGAAUAAUUUGCAGUUCGUAGGCUUUCUUUUAGAAGCCCGAGAUGCUGCAAAACUUGAUGGUGGAUCUGUUGGAACUUUUACUCUCAUUGAUUCGUCCAUCUCACAGCUUCUUUCGUGUCACCACAGAGAGGGCUCUGCUGUGAGUCACACCAGUGGUCACCAUAAGACAGAGGUUCAGGUUAUCUGGACGGCACCACAGGAUGUCCCAUCUAGAGUCCAGUUUCUAGCAACUGCGGUUCAGGAAUACAAGUUGUUCUGGGUGAAGAUUCUGGGUCCUGUGUUGUCUCUAGAUGGUGCACCAUCUCCAACAUUAUCUCCUCAGACAACCACCGCUCCCAUGCCUCUGCCCCACCCGUUCACUUCAAAAGGCUGCGGCGAUACAAAGACUUGCCUGCGAGAUCCAGAAGGCUGCAAUCCUGAAAACGACACACUCUGUUACUUCAUGUCCUUCACAAAAGUCGAGCAGGGUGUAAAGUUUGAGCUCAGUGGCCUAGCUUCGGGUUACGUCUCCUUCGCCUUAUCAACAGAUCAAUGGAUGGGGAAUGAUGAUGUUUACCUGUGUGUCAGUGAUACCAACCGUGUCAGCAUCAGCGCUGCUUAUGUUGAGGGAAGGACACAUCCAGUGAUUGCUGCAGAGAAUGUUUUGAGAGAGACAGCAUGGCGGCUGACUGAUGGGGUCAUUCAGUGCAGUUUUCACAGGAACAUACACAUCCCCAGCCCUAAUCAAGGCAGAUUUGACCUGGAUCAGAUGUACUACCUAUUCAUGGCUCAUGGUCGAGCAGAGAACGGGAGAACCCAUAGACAUGACCGACAGCCCCUUAUUUCAUCAAAACAAGUAGUUAUUACUGGUCCUCCAGAGGAUCUGAGCGGCUCUCGUUCUUCCUUACUCAUCAAGUUCCAUGCUGCAUUCAUGCUCAUUGGCUGGAUGAUGACCGUGAGCACUGGAGUAAUUAUAGCCAGAUACUUUAAACCUGACUGGCCUGAAACAACUGUUUGUGGACAGAGAGUGUGGUUUCAGUUUCACAGAGGUCUUAUGUUGCUCACAGUUCUUCUGACAUGCAUUGGCUUCAUAUUGCCUUUUAUAUACAGGAGAGGCUGGAGCAAGCGCGCCGGCUCACACCCUUACUUCGGCUGUACUGUUAUGGCUCUGGCUGUUAUCCAACCCAUUGUGGCUCUGUUCAGACCUGCUCCAGACUCCUCCAGGAGAUAUAUUUUUAACUGGUUCCACUUGGGCACAGGCACUGUAGCCCAGGUGCUCGCUGUCGUGGCCAUCUUCUUGGGCAUCCAUCAGCAAGCUCUGCUGCUCCCUGCCCCCUUGACCACCGGACUCCUGUCUGCCUGUGUGGUCUGGUUUGUGUUGGCAGACCUGGCACUAGAGGUGCACAGAAGAGGGCUUUUACCUAUAGGAAAAAUGUUCAGAAACUUUCAGGUCUACACAGAAAACCUCCAAACAGAAGACAAAGAGGGGAUUCUGUUUGUUCAGUCUGAGAAUGAGAGCAAGGGUUCUUCUUUUAAAAAGGUUGUUUUGGCCGUCUACCUGUGUGGAAACUUUUGCUUUCUGGCUUUUAUUCUGGCCACCAUCAGUCAAGUAUGAUGGAAAAGAAUGACAAACCAUGUGCCUUACUGACGUCUGCUGUUGUAGUCAGCUACUGUUUAAGAAGCUGAAGAGGCCUUAUGUAAGGUUGUUCUUACUGUGAUUUACACUGGAUAACUUGAUCAAACCUUUUAAAGCAACAUUCCAACAGAUAGUUUCAAGAAGUUAUUCAGGAACACUGGAUGUUUAUGUGCCAUAAACUUUGAUACCGAACUUUGAACUAAUAUUGUCACAAGGCAAAAGUACAGAACAUCACGUUAUUUUAGUUUUUAUGCUUGGAUUUGUCAAAGAUGCAAAAUGUUUUAGCUGGAAUGAUUACUGAUGGAUCUGUAUGUAGAUGAGAUGUUGAUGAGAGUGCCGAAUGAACACAGAGGGAAUCUCAGUGUUUGCCGUUUAUUAUGAUUUUAUGAAAGGCAACUUAUGCAAUGUUUUAUAUUGGUGUCUGUAGUACUUGACAGCCAGUAUAUUAUAUUUAUAUGAAAUUAAAGGUAUUGUAAGAACUUAAUACUAAUUGUUACAUUUGCUUAAUUAUGAAAGAAAAUUUUAGUGUUAUUUUUGUAUGUUAUAAUGUACCACAUAUCAUGUUAGCAAGAUAAAUCUUUUUUUUUUUUUUUUUUUUUUGUGCAUUGCAGAGGAAAAUAAUAUAUUAUAAUUCAGAUUUUAUGUAUGGCAGCAUCAAAUCAAAGCAUGUUCAAUAUUAGUGAAUUUAUAUCAGAAAUGGAAACCGUGUUGCAUCUAAGUUUCAUCUGAAAUGUAUUUGGGGUUACUGAUGAUUUUGUGAUGCAAUUCUAUGAUGCAAUUCUAUGCAUAUAAAAUGUUUUUUUUUUUUUUUUUUUUUUUGAUGCAUAGAAAAUUGAUGAAAUUGAUUUAAGCAAUAUUUAAUAAUAAUAAUGUUUAAAAACUGCCAGAAUUUAAAUCAGUUUUAAUCAAUCAAUAUUAAUUGUCUUGAUACCAUGUUAAUCAAAGUUGUCUUUGACACCAGACACAACUAUAUUAUUAGAAACAUUACAACAUCCAAUAUUCUUGCUAUGUUUUGCAGGGUAUGCCCACAUUUUUCAGAAUUUGAGCUUUGUGAACUUUGUGUAACUGCUACUGAACUUAUAGUAAUGGUCCUCCACUGGAUUAAUAAACUUUUGUAAUCAUAUACAGAAGCCAAAAAAAGGUUAAAAAGCAUCUGACUUGAGUUUAGAACAAAGAUGAAGUGAACAUUGAACAUUUUUCACUGUGACUGUCUUUUCAAUUAUGUAUACAAAUCACAUAUAUCAUGAUGCAUUGUGUGUGUGUGCACAGAUGAUGUAAAUGUAUGUACAAAUUAAAAGGAAUCCACCUGCCUAAUGGCA